UUGUAGCAUAUGACAACCCAGGAAAUGGCACAGACCAGCACAAAACUGAAGGGGAAGUUAUUAUCAACCUGAUCAGUGAUGAACAUAGAUUUGUGUUGAUGGUUGAUCAGUCUUCAGACGAAGCAUAUGAACAUAGAGAUGAUAUCCUGAGGUCUCUCCAAGAGGUGACAGGGACGAUUCCAAUAAUUGAAAAGAUCCAGGCUAAACGUACCCAAGAUAGCAAUGGACAAACAAUUGUAGAUACAGAGAAAACUGAUGUGUGGUUUGUUCUAACGAAUGUGACAGAUUACAGUUUGGUUGGUAGGCGCAGCAAUGGCGGAGAAACCGUUAUCUGGUCCAAAUUGAAGACGAUCAAACAAAGUAUGGGGACAAAGGGUGUAAUAUUUGAUGGAUUCCGUGAC